UCGCGGCCGAAGUCUGGAAAGCCCUGCCGCUCCGAUCCAGCCGAGGAAGAUCGGGGCUGGAGGGCCCGGCACUAUCCUCGCCAUGCUCCGCAGACUGGCCCGAGCCGCGACUCCGCGGCAGCGGGUCUUCUGGGCGCGGAGGUCUGGGAGCCUGGCGGAGAUUCCGACGUACGUGGUGGACCUGCGCAGCGACACGGUGACCAAGCCCGGGCCGGCCAUGAGGCGCGCCAUGGCCGAGGCCGUCGUGGGGGACGACGACUACGGCGAGGACCCCACCGUCCGCGACCUGCAGGCCACAGCUGCGGAGCUGCUUGGGGUGGAGCGGACUCUAUUUGUGCCCACAAACACCAUGGCCAACCUCAUCUCUGUGAUGUGUCACUGCCGGCGCCGGGGCUCCCAGCUCCUCCUGGGGCGCGAAUGUCACCUCCAUGUCUAUGAGCAGGGCGGGGUGGCUCAGAUUGCAGGGGUGCACUCCCACCCCGUCCCAGACCUGCCCCACGGCACCCUGGACCUGGCUGAGCUGGAGAGGCUGGUCACACGGGGCCUUGGGAGCCCCUACCACCCGGUCUGUGAGCUCAUUUGCCUGGAGAACACCCACAGCAGCUCGGGGGGCCGGGUCCUCCCCAUGGAAUACCUACGCCAGGUGCACUUGCUGGCCCGACGCUAUGGGGUCCGUGUCCACUUGGAUGGGGCGCGGUUAAUGAACGCCGCAGUGGCUCUGGGCGUGCCCCCUGCCCGCAUCGUGGAGCACUGUGACUCUGUGUCUCUCUGUUUUUCCAAGGGCCUCGGAGCACCAGUGGGGGCCCUGGUUGGGGGACCCAAGGACUUCAUCGAAGAAGCCUGGCGCCUCCGGAAAGCCCUGGGUGGAGGGAUGCGCCAGGCAGGGGUGCUGGCCGCAGCUGCCCUGGUGGGACUGGCUGACGCCGAGGAGAUGCUGCAGAGAGACCACCAGAACGCCCAGAGAUUCGCCAGAGGGCUCCAGGAACUGGCGUCCCCCAUCUGCUCCGUGGAUCCCACCGCCGUGGAGACCAACAUGGUGAUGGUAAGGGUAGAUGGGCUGCCGCCUGAGGAGCUGUGCCGGCGCCUGCAGGCCGUGAGCGCUGACGAGGUGGCGCAGACCGGCCACGCGGUGCGCCUGCUGCUCUUCCCCUGGACUGAGCACUCAGUGCGCGCCGUGUGGCACCGGGACGUCUCUGCGCAGGACACGGAGCUGGCGCUGAGAAAGUGGGCGUUCGUGCUGAGGACCCUGCGGACGGGGUGACGGACCCUGUGCCUUGGCUAGGAUGGAUGCAGGUGACGAGGGCAGGCAUCUCCAGUGAGCAGGCGGAAGGAGAGGCGUAAAACGACACCCCUGUUAUCUGCUGGUCUCCUGGGACCCCCUCACUUCUGUGACACGUGGGGUGAUGCCUUCCACCUGUUCAUUCAGCAGACCCCGUGUGGUGCUGUCUGGGAUGGGGUCUCAAGCAUGCCGGGACAGGUGGGACACCCACCACAGCCGGGGGGCAUGAGAGCAUUUCGGGGACCAGCAGGAGGAAGAAUGAGAAGACAUGGAAAGGGACGCUGGUG